AUGGACUCUGGACAGCAGCCUCCUGGCCAUGUUGGACAACUUGACCUUCGCGUUUUGUUGCACAUGGGCCUGCAUGCUCAAUUUGCUGAUGACUCAGACGAGCAGAUUGAUGGCCGGUUGCAGACCUACCUUUUGUCACUGGUGACACCACAGCCGCCUCCGCCGCCUCUGCCUCCUCCUCUGCAAUUACCAGGUGGAGGUCUCCCUCCUCCUCCAGGACCUCUGCCUCCACUGCCACCAGCAGCUCCCGUAGUUCCGGCACCUAAUGGGCCAGUUGCCCAUGCAGAUGUCACAGUCUCUUGGAAGUCUCUGACGCUCUCGCCAAUCGACCGCAUGCGCCACUACUCAUGUCGCCUCUCACGCCGAGUAGCUCUGGUUGCACUUUGGGCCCUGGAGGACAAGAAAAAGCCAGCUCUAUGGUGCUAG